GUUAAAAACUACUAAAAGUGCUAUAAAUCAAUAACUAAAUGCGUCAGAGACAUUAUAUUUUACAUCCAGAAUGGCAUAAGAGGGCUUUAUAGGAGCAGGUGCAAAAUGGAAUAUGUGCGUGGCACCGCCCACCUUUAGGUGAAAUCACAUAUCCCGGGACUUAUCCGACCAGUUUCCGAACAAAGGUAGGUAGCAUAAUUCUGACAUUCCCAUUCGGACUACAACCAUGCCUACUGCCCAUAUAACCCAACGUUAAAUUCCAUCUGAUUUUUCCACUUUCCAGUAUACAAAUCAAGCACCAAUUAAUAUAUCGAGAUAAAACUUUGCACGAAUAGUGCCUUUAAUCCUCCUCAGGUCUAAAAAUUGUCAAAAUUGGACCAUAACUAUUCAACUAUUCACUCUGAUCGGCCCAUCGCCUACGCGCCGUGUCUGAUAUGCUAUAGAUUCGAAACUUUUUGAUUACUGAAGAUUUCUUAUCUUAACGGUAUAUUUUAUAUUGUGUAUAUUUAAGUGUACAACACGUACAUAUGAACGGAAGUAAAUAAUAAAGUAUUAAUUUAAUAAAAAUCUUAACAUGGAUCGAAAAUACUUCUGCAUGUAAGAGCAUGUAUGUAAUCGAGGUCUCUUCAGCCUUAAUUGCAUCCCAACGGUCACAAAUGUAAUGUUUCAUAUCUGCAAGGUAUAUUCAAAUAAAAGCUUAAUAUCUGAGCUUUUCAACCACCGAAAUACGGUAAGUUCAAUUGACCCUCCAAUUUUAAAUGUUGUAUGGACAUAUUCGGAAAAGGAAGGUUCUUUUUUCACUGACAAUGUUCCUGUUUUCACUUUUUAGGCAAUAAGAUAUGGUAAUGUUAUAAUGCGAGGCAUUUGUGAGUAUUUAUAUAUGGUAUAUGGGCAUCAAGGAUAUGCGAAUUGAAAUUGUAUUGCAUUGUAAUUUUAUAUAAUUGCAAAAUGAUUUUCACCAAAAACUCGUUAAAAUGAAAAAUGCCGUCAUGAACACCCACGUAGGACCGCUGGAAGUAAUAAAGAAAACAGUGCCAUCGAGUAUUUAAUAUACCUAAUACGAACUCACAAGUGUACAUGCAUAUGUAUGAAUGUACGUAUGUGCUUUGUUGUUUAUAACGUGCGUGUAUGCCAGAGUCGUUGUUUGUACAUUUGCUCGCUUUCAAUAUGAGCUGUGUAUAUAUGUACAUACAUGAUUACAUAUGUAAGUAUGUAAGUGCAUAUUGCCAUUUGUAAACGAACGAAAAUAAAUACGUGUUUCAGCCGGUUUUGAAACGCUCGUAGGUUGUUGAGCGACACAUCGCAGACACAUACUCCAUUUUCGUGGUAUAUGCACAUUACAAUUUAUUUAAUACCUAACUCUGACUAAUACUGUCUGGACGCCUGCAGUAGAGUAUACUCUAUAACGGGCUACAAAUUUUUAAUUAAUUAAUUUAUUUCUCAAAUCAAUAAAUAAUUUUAAAUAUUGUAUACGGAAUAAAUUAAUGCUUUUAAAUCUAAUUUCCUUUAUUAAUUUUCCACUAUUAAACAUUUAGAUAUUUAAAUCUUAUAUUUCGGUUGCAAGCAGGAUAAAAAGAUAUAAAUAGUAGGAAUAUGCCACAGGCUAAAUAAAAAAUCACAUCUAGGCAAAAGUUUUAUUAAACUACCGUUCUUAUAGACUCUCGGGUCCAAAUAUAAUUUUUUCAACGAAUUAUCGAAAGCAACAUGUUAAUUUUUGCUCCCAUAGUUUGAAAGCCGUUUCAAGGUAUAGUAGUAGUCUUGAAUAACGAAAUACCAAUUCUCAUUUAGAAGGGAUCAUAACCUACCCAGCAAGUCUGUUUGUAGAGAAACGAAAAACUGGCGGUCUACAGUGGUCGAUUGUCUAAUAAUUUCGACAUUUGCCAAAGUCCCGUCGAGCUUUUAGUUUAAAUCUUUCAAAGAUUGACUAGACUCUAGAGGUAAUUGUGCUGGAUAACAGAAUGGAGGAAGUAAAGUCACAAGUAGCACGGGAUAGAUACUUCAUUUCAUCUAUCAUUGUAGGGUUAAGACUUUCGACCUCAGCUUGCUUGUUAUGAUUACAGAAUAAAUAAUUCAAAGUAAUAAAUAUACGGAUUUCUCGGGCUAAUCAUUCUCUAAAAUGGCUUUUUGUACAGCAGUGGCGGAUUUGCCAGCAGGCUGAGUUGGCUGAAACCUUGGGCGGAAAAUUUUGAAGGGUGGCAGAUUUCUCUUUCAAAUUUACUAUUUCUGUUUACAGAAUUAAAACAAAAAUUAUUAAACAUUAAACAAAUUAAAAAAGGUAGAUAAAAAAAUUACUAAAUAUUUUCCAUGUAAAUAAACUUUCGCUUUUUAUUAGAUACGUUUUGGAGUCAGAUGAACCAUUUGAAAGGCUUCUCAAGUCUGUGAUGUACAAUGUCUUGCAUGCAAAAAUUCGAGAGCAAGUACGAGUCUUGUUCUUCUAGUUCUUUGAAUCUAGUGGCCACGGCAGCUGCUGAAUCGUCUAAUCUUUAUACAUAUUAUAUAGGUAUUUAUAGAUUUAAGAUCUAAAUUACCCUACUUUACAAGUAUUACAUGAUUGAAAUUUAUGAUAAAUUAUAUUUCGCUGCUAUGAAACUAAUCAAGGAUUUUACACGUUACCUCGGUUAUUAAUGAUACUACCAUACGUGAGAAGUUAAUGCGUAUGAUGGAGCAAAAAUUAUAAAGUUGGAAUUUUAUUGAUAGAAAAUAAAAUUUACAUGAUGGUGUACUAAAGCAUAAACAUUUGGAGGCGGCAGAGGAGAGAAGUUGAUUAUCUUAGAGGCGGCAAUUCUAUAAAUCCGCUACUGCUUUACAGCCUAGGGGUUGCUCACCAGCCACCUACCGGUCAUAUUGCUCUCGAUAGUCUGUAUCCUAAGGAUUAUUUUGCAUCGGUUUCUGUCGGUGCUGAUAGUAUAUAAGUAUAGAGAAAUCAGAUAGACCUUCAUAGUAUAUGGAAUGUUGGCUUGGUAAAAAAUCGUAUAAAAAGUAUUACCGUCAGAAGAUAAAUGGGAAGUGAUAGUAAUAAUUCGGACAAAAUCAGUUUCAUCAGUAAGUCUCUUCUAAAGUAAGAUGAGAAAAAUCUGUAAUACCUGACUUAAUGGGUGUGACCUCUAACUAAUUUUUCAGGGAUUUCAGAAACACACAAGUAAUAUAUAAUAUUAUGUUUGCAUGUGUUUUGCACAGCUAUUCACUGUUCCACCUAAUUUUAAAUGUACGUUGAUGCCUAGAACCAAAUUUUCAUGAAAAGUGCCGAUAUUUCAGGUAGAGAAAAAGGUUUGGCUUGAUUAAAAAACAAAUAAUAAUAACGUGUAGGUGACGCAAAAUACUGCUUGAUAAAAGUCAAAGCUUUAAUGUUUUUUUUACCAAGCAUUUAAAAUUACCAUAUUCGAGAAGGCAAGCAAAAAUCUGCAGACUCAAUAUGAAACGUGUUUUUAGAUAUUCCGCAUUGAACUGAGCUGUGUAGGUAAAGCUCUGGAACUCGGGCUGACAUCAAAAGAAAAACAAAAGUUUCGCAUUCGUCUACAUAAAGCUGCCUUCACGCACACAAAUACAUACAAUCCAAGUUGUGCACUGCCUACACUUGUCGGUGUUUACCCACAUAUGUACAUGCAUAUAAGUAUCUAAUAUAUAUAUACCUAUGUAUAGUAUAGCGGAGCGACAUAACGAUCGUGCUUUCGGACUUGGUGCAGUGUGUUGGUGUGGCAGCAGCAGUUGGGGAAGGCGAGGGGGCGGUUUUAAAUCCCACUCUGCUUUCUAAACGUAGCGAUUUGUGCUGGUACGUGGCUAAAAGCUGUUCCAGCUACCAACUGAGCGAUCAGUUCGCUUUGGGCAUUGGUACGCGUUGGACGCGAUCUUCGGAAAACUGCUUGUGAUUUUUAAACGAUAAACGAAACGACUGACACACAACCAACAACAAUAGAGCAUUAACAAAUUAAAAAAUAGCCACAAAAAAGAGAGGAAAACCAAAGAAAAAACGCUGAAUAUUUAUGUAGUGGAACUUUCGGAUGCUGCACUUGUGUGUUUUGUGAGAUUUUUCUUGAAAUAAAUAGUGUUUGCUAGUGCUUUUAAAUUGACUGUUUCAUAUUAACUAUAAUAGACAUAUACCGCUUUAAACAACAUUGCCCAGUUCAUCGCGUUUUUUCGUUAGACUUUUUAUAUUUGUACGCGCGUCCGAUAACAUUAACUGUGAUCGAUAAAAGACAUAACGUUUCUUGUAACAUUUUAAAUUAAAAAAAAAAAUCAAUCGAAUUUUGAACUUCCUAAAAAAUUAUAUUUGUUAAAAUGGUAUCGAAAGGUAGCAAAAAGAAACAGCAACAAGUUAGUGUCAGCGGCAGCAAAAAUGCUGCAAGUACUAGCAGUUCCACCUCGAGUUCCUCGAAAACUGUGGUGCAUACCGUUGGCACAGAGGCAGCAUUUACAAGCUCGUCGGCGGUGGAAGUGACUUCGACGGCGUCGCCUACGUGGACGAAAACCUCACAGAAACUGCGAAAACCCGAGUCAGCGGCGAGUAACAAAUCGAUGUUGACAAACACACACUCUGGCACGCAGUCGCAGUCUCAAUCGAAGUUGUUCAAGAGCAGCAGUAGCAGCAGCAGUCACAUUGAGUCGAGGUCAGAGCAACAGCAGCGACGCCUACAAAUUGAACAGCAGCAGCAAGAACAGCUGUACAAGAGCGUCAGCGACGCGGGUAGCAUCGGUGGCGGCGAUUCAACGCCAAUCGCUUCCAUAAUGACUGACACAAUGAAAUCGACGAAAGCGUCAUCCUCAUCAUCCUCAUUUCAAGAGAAAUCAGAAUACUAUGAAGAAAUCUCGAAUGAUUUUUCCAAUGCUAAGAUAAUAUCAUCCAUCGAUCUGCUUGAGAGCGACAAAAAGGAACCAGUUUUUUCGGUGCCGAUCGAUGUCAUUGAGAUAGUUGGCAGCGGUAGCUCCAGCCUUGGCAGCAAUUACAAUAAAGCUUAUGUGCCCUCUUCCCAGUCACAAACCGGUGUCAUGACAAGCACGAGCAGUUCUAAUUUCGCACACAUGGAGUCCGCAAACAGUAGCAGUAAGGUCAUUGAUGGUGGAGUUACGAUCUCCGAUAUGUCCACCGAAAACUCAAAGUCUAUUUUGUCCACAUCGAAUACAGCAAAGUCGGGCAAAGUCACAUCUACAAAUGUUGAAAUGACAUCAUCGUCAAACAAGUUUUUAACGAAUGAUGUGAGCAACAGAAGCGCCCAAGUAAUCAGCUACACGUCGAUUGAUGGCCAAGCCAUUAAUGGUGCUACAACACCAGUAAUAGCGUCGCUAAUCACAUCGCCUGCAAAAACACAACAAACGUCAACGGCAUUUACAAAAAGUACACGGAGAGCAAUCGAUGACGACAGACAUUCCAUUACCUCCACCGCACACUCCGAAUUUACAACUCAAGGUGAUAGUACAGCGAAAAACCUGAAGAGUGACGUAGUUGAAAGUGGUAGCAGCAAGCAAUUGGCCUCCAAUGUAACUAACAAAUUAUCGAAAAAGUCCUCUAUAAUAGAGCAAAAUAUCUCUGAGCAAACAAUUGAAGAAAGCUCGUUGAAGAAAAGCAAGAGCACUUCAAAGAAGGAGGUGUACGAUAUUAAAACUAAAAGGUGGACAGAACUGAAUGAAAAGACCGGCACUGGCGUUACAAACAAAAAGCAACCAACAAUCGAGCGUUACGUUAGUCGCGAAUCCGACGGCACUUACAAAAUUACGUAUAAGAAAAAAAUAUUCGAUCAGCGUGCGAACAAGUGGAAAAUCGUCGAAGAGAAGACAGUUGACAGUGCUCAUGAUACUCAUUACCCCGAAAUAGUUGAUGAUGUCAUCAAUACGACUACCACAACAUACACAACAAAAGUAUAUGAUACUAAGACCGGAGAGUGGAAAAUCGUUGAAGAGAAAUCAUUUGUGGACUCAAAAGCUUUCGUGCCAAAUGACAUUGUUCGUGAAAUUGAAAAAGACAAUACUGAUCUGGCGAACAUUACUACUACCACUGAAGUAACAAAGAUAUUUGAUGCUAGCUUGAACGAUUGGCGAGUCCUAGAUGAGAAAACGCAUACCGAUGUGAUUGAGAGAAUCGUUGAAACGCCCAAAAAGACAAUUUAUAUUGACGAAUUUGUUGAAAUCGAAAAAAAUGUGAAGAUAACAGAAGACAGUGAAAAUAUAACCAAUGAACGUACUAAUACAUCAAAACGGAAGGAUAUUACCACAAAUAUAUAUGAUGAAGUUGAUGACGUUAAGAGAGAAAAGCUGACUAGUAGUGACUCAAGAAUCCGUGGAGUCGAUAAAAAGGAAACAUUUGGGUCAAAGCAUACUGAAAUGUGCAUUUGCGAAAUCUGUACUUGUGGUCGCCAUCAUUGUGCUUCAAGCGUUAAGAAGACGGAUGCUAUUAUAGAGACUAUAGAUUUGCUGGAUGAAUCUCAAACGCGAAUAAGAUCCAACACUUGGUCCAAAAAGGAUCUUGAAGAAGCUCGAUUCAAACUUUUGUAUGAUAUUGAGGAGCAAGUCACUUUAAUAAAACCCGAGGACAAUUUGAAACCUGAGGGCGAAUUCAUAGUUCCCGAGAAAAUUCCAUUCCGACCGGCUGAAAGAACGGAACGCAUUACUAGAAAAGACAACCUGCGCACUGAAGGAGAAAUGACAUUUACAGAAAAAGAGGAAUACCAAUAUGUAACAAGGCCCUUGCCAGUCAAACCCAUUGAUAACCUCAAAUCUGAAGGUGAAUUUUAUAUGCCAGAAAAAACAACAUAUGUUCCAGCAGAAAAACCUACGCAAAUUAAAUAUAAAGACAACCUAACACCGGAAGGACAUUUCUACACUCCUGACAAACCAGUCUAUCAACCAACAGAACGCCCGUUACAAAAGAAACCAGAGGACAAUCUCCGACCUGAAGGUGAGUUCACAGUGCCUGAAAAGAUCUCUUACGGACCAGUGGAACAGACAACACGAAUAAUAAGAAAAGACAAUCUCAAAACAGAAGGAGAAAUGACAUUUGACGUAAAGGAAGAAUACAUAUUUGUGAGUAGACCGGAAAAAAUUAAACCAACUGAUAAUCUUAAACCAGAAGGCGAGUUUUACACUCCCGACAAACCUGGGUUUACACCUGCUGACCGUCCUAUCCAGAAGAAGCCGGAAGACAACCUUAGGCCGGAAGGAGAAUUCUACAGACCAGAAAAGUCUACAUAUCAUCCAGGAGAACGUCCUACACAAGUUAGACAAGAGGAUAACCUUCGACCUGAGGGAGAAUUUUAUGAACCAGAAAAGCCGGGAUAUAGGCCAGCAGAACGGCCAACUCAAAAAAAACCAGAAGACAAUUUGAAAUCAGAAGGGGAGUUCUAUACACCCGAGAAACCCAAAUUCCAACCUGGCGAGCGUCCCACACAAGUAAGAUAUGCUGACAAUUUGCAACCAGAAGGCGAGUUUUACAUUCCAGAAAAACCUGGAUUUAGGGCUGCUGAACGUCCAACUCAGAAGAAGCCAGAAGAUAAUUUAAGGCCGGAAGGAGAAUUCUAUAAGCCAGAAAAGUUCACAUAUCAGCCAGGAGAACGUCAAACACAAGUUAAGCCAGAGGACAACCUUCGCCCGGAGGGUGAAUUUUAUAGUUAUGAAAAACCGAGAUAUAAGCCAGCAGAACGGCCAACUCAGGCAAAGCCUGAAGAUAAUUUAAAGCCAGAAGGGGAGUUCUUUUCAUCAGAAAAACCCAUGUUCCAACCUGGAGAGCGUCCCACACAAGUAAAACAUGCUGACAAUUUGCGAUCCGAAGGCGAAUUUUACACUCCUGAAAAGCCUGGGUUUAGACCAGCUGAACGCCCCACUCAAAAAAAGCCAGAAGAUAAUUUGAGACCAGAAGGAGAAUUUUAUACACCAGAAAAGACCAAGUUUCAACCAGGAGAACGUCCAACACAAGUUAGACCUGAGGACAACCUUAAGCCUGAGGGUGAAUUUUACGCUCCUGAAAAACCUGGUUUUAGACCUGCUGAACGUCCAACUCAGAAGAAGCCAGAAGACAAUUUGAAACCAGAAGGAGAAUUUUAUAAACACGAGAAACCCACUUAUCAACCUGCCGAACGCCCAACGCAAAAGAAACCUCAAGAUAAUUUGAAGCCCGAAGGAGAGUUUCUUGUUCCGGAGAGAGAAACGUAUAAGCCUGCUGAAAAAAUUGAACGUAUUAUUAGUAAGGACAAUUUGCACACAGAAGGUGAAAUGACUUUUGGAACAAAAAAAGAAUAUCAAUUUGUUAUUAGGCCUAAACAAGUGAAACCCACUGAUAAUCUAAAGCCAGAAGGCGAAUUUUAUGCUCCAAAGAAACCUAUGUAUAAGCCAGCUGAAAAACCUCUACAAAUCAGACACGAAGAUAACUUAAAACCCGAAGGCGAAUUCUAUACUCCAGAGAAACUAGGUUUCAUACCCGCAGAGCGCCUAGUGCAAAAGCGACCAGAAGACAAUUUGCGUCCAGAAGGUGAGUUUUAUGUACCAGACAAACAGGAAUUUAAAGCUGCCGAAAGACCCACUCAGUUGAAGCCUGAAGAUAAUUUAAGACCGGAAGGAGAGUUCAUGGUUUCCGAAAAAGAAAUAUAUAAACCCGCCGAAAAAACUGUUCGUGUUGUAAGGAAAGACAACUUGCGCUCAGAAGGUGAAAUGAUUUUUGAAGCAAAAGAAGAAUACCAAUUUGUAAAUAGACCAGAGCAAGUCAAACCGAUAGAUAAUCUUAGACCGGAAGGCGAAUUCUAUACUCCAGAAAAACCAAAAUACCAAUCCGCUGAAAAACCAGUGCAAAUUCGACAUAAAGAUAAUUUAAAACCGGAGGGUGAAUUCUAUACACCAGAGAAACCUGGUUUUGAACCUGCGGAACGCCCAAUUCAGAAAAAACCUCAAGAUAAUUUGAGACAGCAGGGAGAGUUUUAUGCUCCUGAUAAACCAGACUACCAGUCCGCUGACCGACCUAUUCCCAAGAAACCUGAAGACAAUUUAAGACCAGAGGGUGAAUUCACUAUUCCGGAGAAAACACCUUACCGACCAGCGGAAAGAGUCGAACGUAUUGUUAGGAAGGAUAACUUACGUUCCGAGGGUGAGAUGACUUUUGAAACGAAGGAAGAAUAUAAGUUUGUUAUUAGGCCAGAUCAAGUGAAACCCGCUGAUAAUCUAAAACCGGAAGGCGAAUUCUAUGCUCCGGAAAAAGCGAAGUAUCAUCCCGCCGAAAAACCAUUGAUUAUUAGACGUGAAGAUAACUUGAAACCAGACGGGGAGUUUUAUAAACCACAAAAAAUCGAUUUUGUUCCAGCAGAUCGUCCCUCUCCAGUCAAGCAUGAAGACAACCUUAGGCCAGAAGGGGAGUUUUAUACACCCGAAAAACCUGGCUACCAACCGGCAGAGAGGCCAACUCUGAAAAAACCUCUUGAUAAUUUACGACCGGAAGGAGAGUUCACAGUUCCAGAGAAAACCACUUACACUCCAGCUGAAAGAACAGAACGUAUAAUAAGAAAAGAUAACUUGCGCACUGAAGGUGAAAUGAAAUUUGAAACAAAAGAAGCAUAUCAAUUUGUUAAUAGACCUGAACAAAUCAAACCUAUUGAUAACCUCAAGCCAGAGGGAGAAUUUUAUACUCCAGAAAAGCCAACGUAUCAAGUUAUAGAACGACCUUCUCAAAUUAAACCUGAGGAUAACUUGAAGCCCGAAGGUUUUUUUACAGUACCAGAGAAGUUAGUAUACAAACCUGCUGAAAGGGUUGAACGUAUCAUAAGGAAAGACAAUCUCCGCUCAGAAGGUGAAAUGAAUUUUGAAAGAAAAGAAGUAUAUAAGUUUGUCACUAGACCCACUCAGAUUAAACCUACUGAUAAUCUUAAACCCGAGGGUGAUUUUUAUACUCCCGAAAAACCCAUAUAUCAGCCAGCUGAGACACCGCUAGUUAUUAGACACGAAGACAACUUAAGACCUGAAGGUGAGUUUUACACACCCGAGAAACCAGGUUAUAGGCCCGCAGAGCGUCCAAAACAAAAAAAGCCUGAGGAUAACCUUCGACCAGAAGGUGAGUUUUAUUCUCCAGAAAAAUCCGAUUACAUACCCGCAGAACGACCUAUUCAGAAGAAGCCAAAAGAUAACUUACGUCCUGAGGGCGAGUUUUAUACACUUGUAAAGCCUGGUUAUAGAUCAGCAGAAAAAGUUGAACGUAUUAUUAGAAAGGACAACUUGCGCACCGAGGGUGAAAUGACUUUCGAAACGAAAGAAAAAUAUGAAUUUGUUAGCAGGCCUGAACAAGUGAAGCCUACUGACAAUUUAAAGUCAGAAGGAAAGUUUUAUACCCCAGAAAAACCAAAAUUCCAACUUGGUGAGCGUCCAUCACAAGUGAAACAUGCAGACAACCUACGGCCUGAGGGAGAAUUUUACACCCCACAGAAACCUGGGUAUCAGCCAUCUGAACGCCGCACACAGAAGCGUCCGGAGGAUAAUUUGAAGCCUGAAGGAGAAUUCUAUUCUCCAGCAAAACCUAAAUUCCAACCUGGAGAGCGUCCAUCACAAGUAAAGCAUGCAGACAAUCUACGGCCGGAGGGAGAAUUUUAUACACCAGAGAAGCCUGGGUAUAAACCAGCCGAACGUCCCACACAGAAGCGUCCGGAGGAUAAUUUGAAGCCUGAAGGAGAAUUCUAUUCUCCAGCAAAACCUAAAUUCCAACCUGGAGAGCGUCCAUCACAAGUAAAGCAUGCAGACAAUCUACGGCCGGAGGGAGAAUUUUAUACACCAGAGAAACCUGGAUAUAAACCAGCCGAACGUCCCACACAGAAGCGUCCAGAGGAUAAUUUGAAGCCUGAAGGAGAAUUCUAUUCUCCAGCAAACCUAAAUUCAACCUGGAGAGCAAAACCAAAAUUCCAACCUGGAGAGCGUCCAUCACAAAUAAAGCAUGUAGACAAUCUACGGCCGGAGGGAGAAUUUUAUACACCAGAGAAGCCUGGGUAUAAACCAGCCGAACGUCCCACACAGAAGCGUCCGGAGGAUAAUUUGAAGCCUGAAGGAGAAUUCUAUUCUCCAGAAAAACCAAAAUUCCAACCUGGAGAGCGUCCAUCACAAGUAAAGCAUGCAGACAAUCUACGGCCGGAGGGAGAAUUUUAUACACCAGAGAAACCUGGAUAUAAACCAGCCGAACGUCCCACACAGAAGCGUCCAGAAGAUAAUUUGAAGCCUGAAGGAGAAUUCUAUUCUCCAGAAAAACCAAAAUUCCAACCUGGAGAGCGUCCAUCACAAAUAAAGCAUGCAGACAAUCUACGACCGGAGGGAGAAUUUUAUACACCAGAGAAGCCUGGGUAUAAACCAGCCGAACGUCCCACACAAAAGCGUCCAGAGGAUAAUUUGAAGCCUGAAGGAGAAUUCUAUUCUCCAGAAAAACCAAAAUUCCAACCUGGAGAGCGUCCAUCACAAGUAAAGCAUGCAGACAAUCUACGGCCGGAGGGAGAAUUUUAUACACCAGAGAAGCCUGGGUAUAAACCAGCCGAACGUCCUACACAGAAGCGUCCGGAGGAUAAUUUAAAGCCUGAAGGAGAAUUCUAUUCUCCAGAGAAACCAAAAUUCCCUGGAGAGCGUCCAUCACAAGUAAAGCAUGCAGACAAUCUACGGCGAGGAGAAUUUUAUACACCAGAGAAACCUGGAUAUAAACCAGCCGAACGUCCCACACAGAAGCGUCCGGAGGAUAAUUUGAAGCCUGAAGGAGAAUUCUAUUCUCCAGAAAAACCAAAAUUCCAACCUGGAGAGCGUCCAUCACAAGUAAAGCAUGCAGACAAUCUACGGCCGGAGGGAGAAUUUUAUACACCAGAGAAACCUGGAUAUAAACCAGCCGAACGUCCCACACAGAAGCGUCCAGAGGAUAAUUUGAAGCCUGAAGGAGAAUUCUAUUCUCCAGGAAAACCAAAAGUCCAACCUGGAGAGCGCCCAUCACAAAUAAAGCAUGCAGACAAUCUACGGCCGGAGGGAGAAUUUUAUACACCAGAGAAGCCUGGGUAUAAACCAGCCGAACGUCCUACACAGAAGCGUCCGGAGGAUAAUUUAAAGCCUGAAGGAGAAUUCUAUUCUCCAGAAAAACCAAAAUUCCAACCUGGAGAGCGUCCAUCACAAGUAAAGCAUGCAGACAAUCUACGGCCGGAGGGAGAAUUUUAUACACCAGAGAAACCUGGAUAUAAACCAGCCGAACGUCCCACACAGAAGCGUCCAGAGGAUAAUUUGAAGCCUGAAGGAGAUUUCUAUUCUCCAGAAAAACCAAAAUUCCAACCUGGAGAGCGUCCAUCACAAAUAAAGCAUGCAGACAAUCUACGGCCGGAGGGAGAAUUUUAUACACCAGAGAAGCCUGGGUAUAAACCAGCCGAACGUCCUGUUCAGAAGAAACCACAAGAUAACCUUAAAUCAGAGGGCGACAUUUAUGUACCAGAAAAAACGGUGUUUGGACCUGCUGAAAAAAAUGAGCGCAUUAUUAGAAAGGACAAUCUUCAUACGGAAGGAGAAAUUAUAUUUAGCGAAAAAAAGGAAUAUGAGUUUGUUAAAAAGCCGGAUCAAAUUAAACCAACAGAUAACCUAAGACCUGAAGGAGAAUUUUAUAAAUUGGAGAAGCCUUUAUACAAGCCUGGUGAACGACCUGUAGUGAAAAUACCAAAAGACAAUUUAAAGGUGGAGGGUGAAUUUACGAUACCCGAGAAGUCAUCAUUUAAGCCCGCCGAGAAAACAAAACGCAUUGUCCGAAAAGAUAACUUACACAUGGAAGGUGAAAUGACAUUUUCAGAGAAAAAGCAGUGUCAGUAUGUAAAUAGGCCCGAAAAGAUUGUACCCUCUGAUAAUUUAAGACCGGAGGGUGAAUUUUACACUCCUGAUAAGCCUGGAUAUAAGCCGGCUGAAACAGUGAGACGAGUCAUUCACAAAGAUAAUUUAAAAAUGGAGGGGGUGAUGACCUUUACAGAAACGGAAAAACACGUAGGUGUCAAGAGGUCAGAAAAGAUUGUGCCACGUAAUAACCUCAAACCUGAAGGAACUUUCUACACUAAGGAAAAACAACAAUAUCAGCCGGCAGAGCGACCGAAACAAGUAAAACCGGAAGAUAAUCUUAAACCAGAAGGACAUAUGUAUAUUUCAUCUACAGAUAAAACCGAUUCUAAACUUUUGAAAACUGCUACUGAAAAGGUGGUUGUUAAACGUCCAGUAGACAAUCUCAAACUAGAGGGUACUUUUCAGAUUUCCAGAAGAGACGACUACAAUGAAAAACUAAGUUCAAGAUUAGACACCACUAAAGUAGUACAGAAAACUGUCCGAUCGAAGUAUUCUCACAACAAAUCGUCCAUAACUCUUGGAGAGGAUAACGCCAUUUUGAAGACUACUAAUCAAAUGAACUUUGUAUCUGGCAAACUAGCAAUUCCUGCUGCAAAUGUAAGUUCGGAUAAGCCAGUCGACGGUUUAGUUGUAGUAUCGACGAAAAAGGUAACUACAGUAAUAGGUGGUCGGGUUAAAAGAGAACCUGAAACAGAAUAUGUUAAACGACAAGAGAGAGUAAAUGUCAUAGAAAACGUUGCAAAGACCAACAACGUUAAGAACAUUGUAAAUGUUGAAAAUAAACACGACGAGGCAAUUUCUAUGACGGAAAAUCGUAUUAGAAAGGAUAAUAAAAUGGUUGAUACCCGCGUAAACGCUUCAUCGAAUGAGUCCUCCUCUGCACAAUACAAAACUAGUAAAAUUGGCAACACUUCAGAAAGAGUAUUAUCCAGUGCAACAAUAGGAAAAGUCACGGGUCAGAAACACUCCACCCAAUGCAAGUUUGACGAAAUGGAGAGCACAUCAGCAAAGCUAAACGCUGCUGGAUCGGCUAAAAUUAUGUCAGAUCAAACACAUUCCACACAACAAAAAUCUACAGCCGUUGAAAGCGCUUCAACAAAAACAACAUCCAGUUCUUCAGCUACUACUGCAUCCAAACAUUUUCAUCAUCGAAGAAGCGACUUCACUGCCGAUACGAACGUUACAAACUCAGUAUUUCAUCGAAAAACCAUUUCUAACGAUUCCAAUCAGAUAGACAGUCUUACAUCGAAUGGUAAAAUUCAUCGCAAGAGUAUUUUGAACUUGAAAGAGGAGCCAUCGAGUUCGGUUUUCCCUAGUGAACGUCAAAGUUACAGCAGUAUACAUAGACAAAGUAGAGAACAACAAGAUAAUAAUAAUUCAUUUUUGGUGAGUGAACGACGACACUUUAACACGCUUAGCAAAUCACAAAAUAGGGAUCAGAUUUUGAAGUCAUGCAGUGUUCAUAAAACAUCGUCUUCCAGUGGUAUAGAAUUUCCAUCAUACAGUAAACAUUCCGAAAGAACUGUAUCCCGUAGAAAUGUCAACCAAUCAUCCAUUUCUCUAGGUAUGGAUGGAGCUUCGUCUACAACCCUAUACCGUAGUGAAUAUAAAACGGUUCCAUCUACAACUUGUGCUAUACACAAAAUCAAAGAAGGUGCAUUCCAACACACUAGAAACACGAACGAACAUAAAUUUUUUAAAACUGUUAAGAAUUAAUUAACUAAUUAACCCAUAUACAAUUUUAAAACGCAUGUGUCGACAUUUAAUCCUUUAGCUCUAAUAUUAUAGUAUAUGUAAAUAUUAAGCAUGCAGAAUUGCCACAUACAAGUAUACAUAUGUAUUUAAUAAUAAAUUUAUACACAUAUAUAAAAAAUUAACAUCCACAUAUAUUUGGAGUUUAAUAUAAAACUGUAGAACUGUGAACGUACAGAAAGGUAACAGACUCUAUUCUUGAAAUGCCUAUAAUUAUUCCUAAUUGCGGCUGAGUAUAAAACUGGAUGGCUUAAUAUAUCUUUUCUAUUAUCCAAGAUACGUUUCAAAAUCGGGGCAUCUUUCUAUGCUAUAGCUAACUUGCCUAUAAAGUCAAUUCUUCCAUUAAUAUUAAGGUUUAGGCUUGUAUUUAGCUAAAGUAAGCAUAUAGUGUAAACCACUUUGGCAUACAACAGCAAUUUUAAGUGUUUUCUUAAAUAUCAGUACUAGGUUUUGGAAGGACUUCUCAGUCCCUAAGAUUAUACAUAUGUCUAUUAUCCGACAUUGACAUUGUAUGAUGAAAAGCUAGCAAGAAACAUGUUUACUAAAAUUGGCUUUAAAUGUUCCAUAUACAUAUGUCUAGCCGUAUAUCUAUCUCAAUUAAUUUUUGCAGUUGGAAACAACCAGCUGGCAGCAUUUUCGUUCGUGCAGAUUCGAUUGACUAUAUUAAUAUCAUUGUAAUCCUGAAAGAAGUAAAAAUUUCCUUUUUUCUCUAUGGACAAAUUCUUUUUUAAUAUACAUAAGUACAUAUGUAUGUACAUAAAUUUCACCUGAAUCCUGAGCAAGCAUUACUAUUUUUAUUAUAAUUUAAAAUUUACAUUAAGGUUCGACGUGUUUUUUUGAGCUUGACGAUUUUCGUCUGUACUGUGACUAUGCCCCAUACUCGCCAGACAUGGCUCCGUGUGAUUUUUCCUAUUUCCAAAAAUAAAGAUAACCUCAAAGGACUGUCUUUUUACAAUCAUAGAUGACAAUAAAAGCGCAUCGUUGAAAGAGCUAAAUGCUUUUCCAAAAAUCGAGUUUGAGAAUUGUUUCGACUAUUGGAAGCACCGCUGGCAUAAGUGCAUAAUUUCGAUGACGACUAUUUUGAAGGCGACACAUUGAUGUAAACAAAUAAAUUCGUUUUUUUUUUCAAAAAACGAGACUUCCCAUUUAUUUUUGAGCACACCUCGUAAAUCACUUGAAAUAAACACACAAUUCUUGUUAUAACGAGGUUGCAGUGCUUUUGAAAGGAAAUAGGUUACAUGCAUUUUUGACAGAUAGUUAGUUAACCAAGCUUGAUUGAAACCUCGAAGAAUACUUAAACACCGAAUAAAACUUACUUUAUAUUCGUUUAUGUUAAGCAUUGCCCUUUAUAUUCUUAAAUGUUUGGUACCUGAUAUUUAAUGAAAAAGUGGAAUACACUCUACGCCUAAAUUUUAAGAUUCUCCUUAUGUUCUUGCGUUUUCAAUUAAAAUCGCAUUAUAAAUGGGCAUGGAUAACAGAGGGACUGACAAACAUCGCGAAAUCAAUUAUUUCAUGGUUGUGGCAUAUAUAAUAUGUACAUCCGUUGAUUGACUGAGGUAAGUUAGACGAAACCGUGAAUAUAUUCCAAUCAUAUUUGGCAUGUUAUUAACUUAUAUUACACCGGUCAACAGCUUUUGCGCGCGGAUUAUACAUCCAAAAUAAGAAUAAGAGUAAAAAAAGUUCUGUAUUUGUAUUUAUGUAUACAAAAUGGAAAAAUUCAACUCAAUAAAAAUACACAAAAAUUUUA